GUUCACGUCUUCACGUGGAUGGUUUUAUACAGACAAACUUGCAGAGGAAUCGCCAAACCCUGCGCCGCCGUUGUUUCGCCGUCAAAGCAAGCUAAACACCACUCUCUUGAAACGUCUGAGCUCCGCCAACAAUUUAAGGUAGCUGUGUGUUGUGUGUAAAUCGAAGAGAUGGAUGAGUCUGACGGUAGAAAAGUUAGGAACAUAUGUAUAUUAGCACAUGUAGACCACGGUAAGACGACCCUAGCUGACCACCUGAUUGCUUCAUCUGGUGGCGGUGUACUUCAUCCGAGACUAGCCGGUAAGCUUAGGUUCAUGGACUAUCUUGAUGAAGAACAAAGGCGUGCAAUUACGAUGAAGAGCUCUUCGAUUUCUCUACGAUAUAAAGACUAUUCGUUGAACCUGAUUGAUUCCCCUGGGCAUAUGGAUUUUUGUAGUGAAGUCUCAACAGCUGCUAGGUUGAGUGACGGGGCUUUGGUUUUGGUUGAUGCUGUUGAAGGUGUUCAUAUUCAGACUCAUGCUGUGUUGCGUCAAGCUUGGAUUGAGAAACUGACACCUUGCUUGGUGCUUAAUAAGAUUGAUAGGUUGAUUUGUGAGUUGAGGUUGAGUCCCAUGGAAGCGUAUACACGUUUGAUUAGGAUUGUUCAUGAGGUUAAUGGGAUUGUGAGUGCUUAUAAGUCAGAGAAGUAUUUGUCUGAUGUUGACUCUAUACUUGCUAGUCCUUCUGGUGAGCUUUCUGCUGAGAGUCUUGAGUUGUUGGAGGAUGAUGAAGAAGUUACUUUUCAGCCUCAGAAGGGGAAUGUGGUGUUUGUGUGUGCUUUGGAUGGGUGGGGUUUUGGGAUCGCUGAGUUUGCCAGUUUCUAUGCCUCUAAGCUUGGAGCUAGUGCGACUGCGUUGCAGAAAUCAUUGUGGGGUCCUCGUUAUUAUGUUCCUAAAACUAAGAUGAUUGUAGGGAAGAAGUCUUUGAGUGCAGGAAGCAAGGCAAAACCAAUGUUUGUGCAGUUUGUGCUUGAGCCUUUGUGGCAAGUUUACGAGGCUGCACUAGAUCCCGGUGGGGAUAGAGCUGUUCUUGAGAAAGUUAUUAAAUCUUUCAAUUUGUCUAUUCCACCACGCGAACUUCAGAACAAGGAUCCUAAAAACGUUCUUCAGUCAGUGAUGAGCCGUUGGCUUCCUUUGUCUGAUGCAGUCUUGUCUAUGGCUGUGAAACAUCUGCCAGACCCCAUCGCAGCACAGGGAUACAGAAUCCCGCGCUUGGUUCCAGAAAGGAACAUUAUCCGUGGUGACGAUGUUGAUUCAAGUGUCCUUGCAGAAGCAGAGCUUGUUAGAAAAUCAAUUGAGGCUUGUGAUUCUAGCCAUGACAGCCCGUGUGUUGUGUUUGUGUCGAAAAUGUUUUUAGAGAGAUGUGUCAAAGAUUUGAAAGAGAGAUUUGCCAAAGUGAACCUUGAAGUCUCCCCGCCUCUCGUUUCAUACAGGGAGACCAUUGAAGGUGAUGGAUCUAAUCUUUUGGAAAGUUUGAGAUCUCUAAGCUUGAAUACUUCUGAUUACAUUGAGAAGAGAACUCCAAAUGGCAGAUGCAUUAUCAGAGUACACGUCAUGAAACUACCACACGCUCUAACUAAGCUGCUGGAUGAGAACACUGAAUUGCUUGGUGACAUAAUUGGAGGUAAAGGCAGUCAUAGCGUUAAGAUACUACAAUCUCAAAAUCCAAGUCUCCGAGAGAAUGUGGAUCCCAUCGAAGAAUUGAAGAAACAGUUAACUGAAGCUGGCGUUUCAUCAAGUUCUGAAACCGAAAAGGAUCGCGAAAAGUGUAAAACCGAAUGGUCAAAACUCCUCAAGAGGAUUUGGGCGCUUGGUCCACGAGAAAAAGGUCCAAACAUAUUGUUUGCUCCAGAUGGUAAAAGAAUCGCCGAGGAUGGAUCAAUGCUUGUUAGAGGCUCUCCUCAUGUCUCUCAAAGACUUGGCUUCACAGAAGAUUCUACUGAGGUACCUUCAGAGGCAUCUGAAACAGCACUGUACAGCGAAGCUCUGACUCUCGAGAGCAGCAUUGUCUCAGGUUUUCAGCUAGCAACAGCAUCAGGACCUCUAUGCGAUGAACCAAUGUGGGGAUUAGCUUUCACCGUUGAGUCUCAUCUCGCACCCGCAGAAGAUUUUGAAACAGAUAAACCCGAACACUUUGGCAUUUUCACAGGACAAGUCAUGACAGCUGUCAAAGACGCCUGUAGAGCCGCCGUGCUUCAGAAAAAUCCAAGGAUUGUCGAAGCAAUGUACUUUUGCGAACUGAACACUGCACCUGAGUAUCUUGGUCCAAUGUACGCUGUUCUAAGCAGAAGACGAGCGAAAGUGCUCAAGGAAGAAAUGCAAGAAGGGUCGUCUCUGUUCACAGUCCAUGCGUACGUGCCCGUUUCGGAAAGCUUUGGUUUUGCGGACGAGCUGAGGAAAGGAACGUCUGGUGGUGCGAGUGCUCUGAUGGUUCUUAGCCAUUGGGAAAUGCUCGAGGAAGACCCAUUCUUUGUUCCCAAAACCGAAGAAGAGAUCGAGGAGUUUGGUGACGGAGCAAGCGUGCUCCCGAACACUGCGAGGAAGCUCAUCAACGCCGUACGACGCAGGAAAGGAUUACACGUUGAGGAGAAAGUGGUUCAACACGCCACUAAACAAAGAACCUUGGCUCGUAAAGUUUGAGUUUAUUAUAUUUGUUGUUUCUUCCUUUUUGAUUGGGCUUCGAGUUGGGCUUGUGCUCACAUUGGUACAUGUUAGAGAAACUAUAAAGUGAAGAAAGAACAUAGUUGUUUUGAAAAAUUGAUAUGAACUACAAUUAAAGUACACCUACAACUACUUCAUU